AUGGAUACAAACAAUAAUAAAUUUAAUACACAAAUAAAUGAUACAUUAUAUUAUCCAAAAUUUAAAGUUAAUGACAAAGUAAGAAUAUCUAAGUAUAAACAUAUAUUUAGUAAAGGAUAUACACCAAAUUGGACAACGGAAAUAUUUACAGUUUCAAAAGUUUUACAGACAAAUCCAGUAACUUAUCAACUAAAGGAUGAAUCAGACAAUAUAAUCUUAGGUGGUUUUUAUGAACAGGAAAUUAAAUUAACUGAUUUUCCAAACACCUUUCUCAUUGAACGUAUUGUAAAAAAAGUUGGGAAUAAAAUGCUUGUUAAAUGGUUAGGUUUUGAUUCAAGUCAAAAUUCAUGGAUAACAUCAUCAGAUAUUUUAAAAUAA